UGACAAGAGUAGAUUUCAAAUGAAUUUUUACAAAGAAAGUAUGAAUCAUUUUUAGUGAGACAUUGAAAAGUCGGUGCCGAUGACGAAAUCUAUUUUAAAAUAGGCACUUUCUUUUUUUUAAUUGAACUAAUGAGAUGUCAUUAUGGCCGAAUAUGUCGUAAUUAAGGAAGGUGUUUUUAUAAUUCAUGGUGCAAAUUCGGAUCGUAUAUUCGAGAACGAAUGCCCAGCACUUGUUUCACCGAUGGAUGGAGAAUUGGACAUGGAAAGAUUUUUAGGUGUUUGGUACCAGGUUCAACCCGAUGUUGAUGAAAGUGAACAAGAUGAAAAUGAACAAGAAAUACCAUCAUGCGAAUUCUACAAUGUAACAGAGAGUAAAAAAUCGAAUCAGUAUAUCGUUAGGACUGUAUUUGAAUUGUACACAAAUUAUGAAGAAGAAAGACCGCUCAAAUACGAAACAGUCUCAAAACAUUACCUAAAACAAUUGGAUGAAGAGGAUUCGGCUCAGUUUCGUUUCGUUCCGCCAUUUUUGUCCGGCGCUCAAAUUCUCGAAUCAAAUUUCACCAUCUUUAAUACGGAUUAUGAGUCAUAUGCCAUAAUUUCGAACUGUAAUAAAGAAAUCAAUAAUGAUGGUGAUGUACAAUUUGCACAACAUACAACUGUUUGGUCACGCACACGAGAUUUUGGUGAAGAAUUCUUGAAUAAGUUGUACGAAAAUGAAGACCUAAUCGAUUUUGACCCAUACAAUUUGAGCAACGUUAAACGUACUGGUUGCAUAGACGCAAGAAAAAUCGCCACCAUUAGUCUUGCUUAGACAAAAUCAUCACAUUUACCAAUUCUCAUGUGAAAAUAGUUCCCCAUUCUUCGAAUUCAAUACGAAUAUUUAUUGCGAAUAAAAUUUUAUAAAAAUGA